CGAGCACUGUGCUCCGCCCCUUCCCCAGUGCUGCUCCUCUUCCGUGUCCCGCUUCUCCCAAGCACUCCUCCACAGCUCUGCCCUGCCCCCUCCAUUUUCCCUCUCACUGUUAGUCUCGCCAGCUUUCUAUCACCGCACAGUUCUCACGUCUGGCUCCCUCCUUCUCUUUCCUUCCUUUUCACGCUCCUACGGCGCGCUGAAACGCGGCGGCUUGACAUGACAGCGUGCGUGCACACGCAGCCCGUCAGUGAGGUGGCGUUUUGGUGACGUCAUCUCUCCUCGGAAGUGGCUUGGCUAGGCAGGAGCAGCCAUGUUGCGUCAGGACAGUAAUGAUGACACUGAAGAUGUUUCACUGUUUGAUGCCAGUGAUGAUGAGUCAGCCAGGAAGUCAAAGAAGGUGAAAAUCAGACACCCGGUGGCAUCAUUUUUCCAUUUAUUCUUUCGAAUCGGUGCAAUAAUUGUCUAUCUUCUUUGUGAAUUGCUAAGCAGCAGCUUUAUUGCCUGUAUGGUGACAAUUAUCUUGUUAUUAUCAUGUGACUUUUGGACAGUGAAGAAUAUAACAGGCAGGCUCAUGGUUGGCUUGCGCUGGUGGAACCAUAUAGAUGAUGAUGGAAAGAGUCACUGGGUUUUUGAGUCUCGAAAGGAAUUGAAUCAAGAGAAAAGAACCUCUUCAGAAGCUGAGUCACGAAUUUUUUGGUUAGGAUUAAUUUCCUGUCCAAUUAUGUGGGUGAUAUUUGCCUUUAGUGCUCUCUUCUCCUUCAAAUUGAAGUGGUUGGCAGUGGUCACCAUGGGUGUGGUACUACAAGGUGCCAACCUAUAUGGCUACAUUAGAUGCAAAGUAGGAAACCAAAGUAAUUUAACCAGUAUGGCUACCACUUAUCUUGGAAAGCAGUUCUUAAGACAAAACUUUAAAGAUGAUCAGAUGUCUUGAAGAUAAAGAGAAGAAAUACAUCUCAUAUUGAGGAACAACUGAAGAGAUUGUCUUGAGCAUUUUGGAAUUGAGUAAAUAUGUUGGGGUGGAGUAAAUCAUUAGAAAUUUUUCUCAUUUAAAAUAAAAAAAAUUUAUAGGAAGAAAUUUCUUUUGGCAUAAAAUCUAUGUUAGGAUUCUUUUUUUUUUUUAAGGUUGUUGCCUCAACUGAAUAGGGUAUGCAUAUUCAUAAUUUUAGAAGAGGGGAAAUUACCUAAAAUAGGACUUUUGUUGAAUAUUGACUUCUCUAUUUCAUGGUGAAAAUCUUCACCCAAAUUAUAAAUAAGCAAAUAAAAUUAUAUGCCAUAUUCAGUUUGUCAGUACUGUUAAAUUUAAGCAAUUUUAAUGGAAGGUGUUUAUUUUGGCUUGUUCAGUAAACUGUUCAUGUACUAUUUAUUAUAUGUAGCUUGCUAUAGCAAUGUGUAUGAUUUUUAUUCGUAUAUACAUAUAUAGGUACAUAGACAUAUAUAGUUUAUAUGCUUCUAAUUACUUGAACUAUAACUGUACAUUUAACUUUAAACUCAUAUUUUGGAAAUUCUUACAGAGUUGUCCCAAGCAUAAUGAAUUUUUCAGUGAUACAAAAUGUGCAAAUAAUAUAUUACUUUUUGUGUUAGGUUGAGAAUAAUUAUUUAUUUGCAUGGCAACUGCCUAAAGUCACAUUUUGUUUUUAGGCUCUCUUUUAUUAUUGAGAGAAUUAGAAUAUUGGACAUUAUAGGAUUUAAUCAUAACAUAUUUUAAUUGUAAAAUGUAUUUAACUUAAAUAGUUCUAUGAAUUUUAGUUGUAUACUUCUUUUCAAGAUUGUUUUAUGAAUAUCAAUAUUGUAAAAAAAUUAGAAAUUGUUUUAAUUGGGUAAAUUGCCUUUAUUAAGAGUGACAGUUGUGGUGAUGCAUAAUCAUUACAGUGUAUUGUUGUUAGACAUUUUUCUUUUUGUUAAAUGGAAAAUAUCUUUGUUAUACUUUAUUAAUUAUAUAGGUACAAGGAGACAUUUAGUCAAUCUGUCUUAAAGUGCUGGGGGUACAAAGAAAGGCAAAAAAACUAGAAAUCUCUGCCUCAGGGGCUUAUAUGCUAUUUUGAGGCAAACAUUUUACUCUCCCACAGAACCCAUUCAGUUAAAUUCCAGACAUUCUCUCUGGUAAUGUAUAACUCCAUAGUAGUAGAAAGGGUGUUGAAUUUGGAAUAGAAAGAUUUGGGAUUGAAUCCUGACUCUGACUUAUUUGAACCCAAGCACCUAACCCUUCAAGAUUUCUCAGGAUCCCUUCAAAGGCUAAAUCUAUGAUCUUAUGUAUCUGAGUUUUGUUUACCUUCUAGUGUGAGCUUUAUUUAUACUCUUGUAUACAUUGUGCAUAUUUUUCUUCUGGUUAUGUAUUCUUCAAUCUGCAUCACUUCAUCAAGUUCUUCCUAUCUGGCUCUGAAUUUUUAGUAUUGUUUUGUGUGAUAUAAUAAUAUUUAGACUUUAAUAUUCCAUAAUUUAUUCCGUAAUUACCUAGUUGUUGAAAACAUCUUGGUACUAAUUAUUAACAUUAGUAAUACUAUGAAUUUAUUUGUAUAUAAAACUUUCUUCUUGCUGAAAAUAACCUCCUUUUUUAUAUAAAUGCUAUGUAUAUUUUAUGUAUUAGACACAAAUUGUGUAUAUUGUCUCUGGAUCAAAGGGCAUAAACCUGUAAUAACUUCUUUUUAUUAACAAUUUUUUUUCUAACUGUACCACUUUUUUGUUAAUGUGCCUUAUUUUUCACAACUUUGAUAACAUCUAAUUUUCCUAGUUUAACCAAUUUGAUGGUCUGAGAUCCUGCUUGAAAAUUUUUAAAUGUAUAUUUCUUUGAUUACUAGUGAUUUUGAACAAUUUUUAGACCAUUACAACUUGGAUUUAUUUUAAAGUAGAUUGUUGAUAAAAUCAUACAUUAGUGGUUGUCCUCUACUCCAACUUUUUUUUUACUUAGAGUGAAAUCAAGGCCCAGAAAUGUUAAAUGACAUCCAAGAUGAGAUCCAGACAAGUAGAACUAGGACUUAAAUCCCUAUCAUUUGACUCAAAAUCCACACCCCUCUACUGCUGCUUUAUUGGAGGAUGUCAGUUUUUAAAGCCUUGCUCAAGUCAUUUAAUCUUGUUAGGCCACAGUUUCUUCAUCUGUAAGUUUAGGAGGUUGAACUAGAUGAUUACUAAGGGCUCUUCAAAUUCUAAUUCUGUAAUCAUGGACAGCCAGGUGGGCCAGUGGAUAAAGUGUUGAGCCUGGAGUCAGGAAGACUCAUCUUUCUGAGUUCAAAUCUGACCUUAGAUACUUAUUAGCUAUGGGAACUUGGGCAAGUCACUUAACCCUGUUUGCCUCAGCUCCUC